UGUACCUGUAUUUUGUGACAAGUGACAAAUGUCAUGCUAACCGUCAUAUAUAUUUUCAAUAAAAAUAAUUUAAAUUCUGAAAUUAGGGUCAAAAACCGCCAAUACUCCUUCAUCACAGAAUGAUUAUGAGUAUUUUUAUUGGCGCGGUUAGGAAAUUAAAUUAAUAUGGUUUCGUUGAAUAAAUAUUUUUUUUUUGUACUGCUCCAACUGUCUUUUGCUUUGGGAUUUGAUCCUCUUGGAUAUGUUUUGUAUUGCCCUUGCAUGGGUCGUUUUGGUAACCAAGCGGACCAUUUCUUGGGGGCUUUAGGUUUUGCUCGUGGCCUAAACAGAACUCUAGUACUACCCGCUUGGGUGGAAUACCGUUAUGGCGAACCACGGUCCAUUCAGGUACCUUUCGAUACAUACUUCAAAGUGGAACCGCUGCAGAAAUUCCACAAAGUUGUCACAAUGGAAAGUUUCAUGAAAGAUAUCGCGCCCUAUGAGUGGCCAAGAAAUGAUCGAAAAUCAUUUUGUUACAUGGCAAGGGGUUCUGGGGAAAGUUGUAAUGCCAAAGAUGGUAAUCCGUUCGGUCCGUUUUGGGAUACUUAUGAUGUGGAAUUUACUGGAUCGGAGUUUUAUGGACCUCUCCAUUACGAUAUGUACCACCACGAUAUGGCGAAACAGUGGAAAGAUAGGUAUCCUGCCAAGAUGUGGCCAGUUUUAGCAUUCACAGGUGCUCCAGCCAGUUUCCCCGUCCAAGAAGAAAACAAGCACCUGCAGAAAUACCUGCGAUGGUCUGAUCUCGUCGAAGAUGAGGCCCACUCAUUCAUCACCAACGUGCUACCUAGAGGCGCUUUCGUCGGCAUCCACCUGCGCAACGGCAUCGACUGGGUGCGCGCCUGCCAACACAUCCCCGAGAGCCCGAGCUUGUUCGCGGCGGCGCAGUGCGUAGGAUAUCGCAACGAGAAGGGCAAAGCCACCUCCGACAUGUGCCUGCCCACUAAGGAGACUAUCGUGAGGCAGCUGAAACGGACGAUAAAAAACAUCAACAACAAAAGCGACAACGAGGUGAGGUCCGUCUUCGUAGCUUCGGACAGCAACCAUAUGAUCGACGAGCUGCGGUCGGCGUUGAAGAGGAUGAACGUGCAGGUCUACAAGUAUCCGAAGUCGAAUCCGCACGUCGAUCUCGCCAUACUCGGCAAGUCGAACCACUUUGUAGGGAACUGCGUUUCAUCGUUCAGCGCCUUCGUCAAGAGGGAGCGCGAUGUUAAAGGGUUCGCCUCGUCGUUCUGGGCAUUUCCCACACAGAAGAGCGCCAAGAGCGGAGCACACGACGAAUUGUAGAUGGAGUAGUCUCUUGGAGGAGCCGAUGAGUUAGAGGUAGAUGUAUCGAUUAGACAGGGAGUAGUAGAGAGCUCUUACGAGGUACAGUAAUGUCACUUCUAUUUGAAACGGGGAGGAAUCGAUUUCGUUUGCUCUAGGGCCUGUGAAAAACUCGUGAGAUGUGCAAUUAAAUUCUGAUUUGCCAUACUAUCACUCUAUUAUCAGAUUCCUGUUACAGUAUCUUACGAGUCACCGUUUACUAGAGUCGAGGUUUUUUGUAGAAUACUUUUUCAUCACUCAACGUCUCAUUUCAUCUGCCGAUCAUCCAUAAUGACACUAAAGGCGGUCCGUAAAAAGCAUGAGGCCUUUUAAUUUUGACAAACGUAGUGCCCUCUCUAUAAAAAAAGCAAAACUAAGGGCAGUAACAAUCCAUUUGUCCACUAGAUGGCGU